ACUCCUAUUGCAACAGUACCUCAUUCACUAUCUGAAUUCACUUCCAUUACUGGUUAAAUUUCUGAAGAUUUUUCGCAAAACUCUUUGAAAUGAAGCCCUCAACCAUCUUUAUCUCGGCCAUCAGCUACGUUAGCUUGGCCUCCUCUGCAGCCAUCGCCAACCCUGAUGACAGCUUGAACGCUUUGGAGAAGCGAAGUUGCUUUAAGACUGGGGCCAGCUACGGCGCUGAGAAAGCCGCUGCCAAUAAGGCAGCCCUGACAGCCUGCAGCGGUGCCCUCACGGGCACAUACAGCAAGCGUGAAACCCGCGUUAAAUGCUACCCCAUUGGAAAUAACAAGGUCGUUAUGCUUACCAUUGGCCUCACUGGGAAAAAUGCCCCUUCUUCGCGCACAAUUUAUAGUCAAGAGUGCUUUGACGGCCUUUCGAAGGAAAUCGAAUGUUCAAAGGGAGGCGAUACAACUUACGGCAACUGGCGCUAUAGGGCUGAUCCUAACGAGGGCUCUUGCUAAAUAAUACGAAGUAGUAUUAGCUCCAUAUAUUUUCGAAUAAAACCAAAUAAUAUAGCUUCUACGUACUAGUUAUUUCAAAUAUAUUAUUAGGUACCCGC